AUGGCUGACAAAAUUCAAACCUUGCUGGUUCUCGUGCCAAUCUCUUUCACCGGAGCACUCGUGAACUGGACUUGUCUCUACGGAGUUCUCAAGCUACCAGUAUUUAAAAACUCGUUUGGAUAUCUUUCAGCAAAUCAAGCACUGACAGAUGCGCUCCAUUCGACUGUUUUCUUGUUAUAUUAUUGUCCCAUGAUACUGUGGGAUCAAAAGCUCUUGAAAGAAUAUUCCCACAUUUGUGGAUUUGUAUUACUUUUUUGCUACGAGUUAUCCGUUCUAACGCAUUUGCUAAUAUCACUUAAUCGUUUUUUUGCUGCCUGGGCACCAAUAUCAUACCAUAAAGUUUUUCAUCUGUCACAAACUAAAUGUUUGAUUUUAGUCAGCUGGAUGUACUCACUUACUUAUGCAGGUCUAUUUUAUCUCAGGAUUUGUCAUUUCCGUUUCGACGAGCAAGUGCAAUUUCUAACGUUCUCGAAUUCGAGAAUCUGCAUGAUUGUCGGCUGGAAUGGCGAUUUUAUCAAAAACUCGGUCAUUGUCGCAAUUAUCAUGUUACUAGAUACUGUCACAAUAAUGAAAUCACGACAGUUGCUGUACAAAUUGAAAAACUCUGUGGAUGCUUUAGCUGCCCAGCAACUUUUGUGUCGAGAUCGUCGGUUUUUGAAACAGGCUGUGAUUCAAGACACGGUUUUCAUGCUGGAGCUUUUAACCUAUUUCUUUAUUCCAAAGUAUUUUGAAAAUCGAUGGAUCGUAUUUUUUGGAACUUCGUUUGCUUGGGUUGCUGUUCAUGUGGCAGAUGGAAUUGUCUUGAUAAUUUGUAACCCCGAAAUGCGGAACAUCAUAUUCGGCUGGCUACACGUGAAGAUAAAUAAUGCAGUAUCUGCACACGGUACUCCUAAUCAGAAUUAA